GCUACUUGUCAUCUUGCUCUGCUGGUUGGCUUGGAAGCGGAUCUGUGAAUCGUGAUCGGUUGAGGUGGCUUUUGCAGCUGAUAGAAGGGUGGAAACCCUUCUUUAUUGUUAAAAAUGAGUCUGAAGGCUGAUAAAAGAUUACACGAUUCUUCUAGCACUGCUCAUAAAGCAAAUAUUGUUUUAGUUGACAUUGAAGGAACUACUUCUUCAAUUUCAUUCGUAAAGGACACUUUGUUUCCGUAUGCGCGCCAGAAACUCGACACGCACGUGAGGAGCAAGUGGGACAGUGCAGAGUUCCAGGAGACACUGUCUCUGCUCAGGGAACAGGCGGACAAAGAUGUCGCGGAUGCAGUGGAAGGGGCCGUGCCGAUACCCGACGGCGAUGGAGCGGCGGAUGCGGUCAUCAGGAACGUGCUGUGGCAGAUGGAUCUGGAUCGGAAGACAAAGGCUCUCAAGCAGCUUCAAGGCCACAUCUGGCGGGACGGCUACGAGAACGGAGAUCUGAAAGGACACGUGUACCCGGACGUGGUGCCGGCGCUGAGGGCCUGGGCGGAGGCCGGCCGGCAGGUGUGCGUGUACUCGUCGGGCAGCGUGGAGGCCCAGAAGCUGCUGUUCGGCCACCUGCAGGAGGGCAGCGCGCUGGACAUUUUUUCUGGCCAUUUCGACACUGAAGUUGGUUCAAAAGUAGAAGCAUCGAGCUAUUCUAACAUAGCAAAUAAAUUAGGCAGCAGUCCCGACAACAUAGUCUUUUUCACAGAUGUCGUUAAAGAGGCCGAGGCGGCAACGCGCGCUGGGCUCAGCGCGGUGGUGGUCGUGCGAGAGGGCAACGCUCCCCUGAGCGAGGAAGACAGGGUCAAGUUCCCGGUCGUCACAUCCUUCCAAGACUACGUGUUCGAAGUGUCCACGAAAAAACAGAAACUGUGCUUGGGCAGCGAGCCGGCGGACGCAGGUAAAGUUGCCACCAGCAGGGCACAGGAGUCUGUUGUGUGUGGGUCGGAAAUGGAUGUUGAUGUGGCAUGUGUUAAAGGUGGUGCAGCAACUUGCGAUGAAGAUGAUAAAAUGGAUACCUCUGAAGAUGCUGAAGGUGUUUCCUCCGAAAAUUCUGGUGAAUUAGAAAAAGACUGUGUUAAAUCUCAGUGUGGUGCAUCAGUAAAUGAAAAAGUUCCUUCCCUUCAAAUUUCUGAAAGUUCAAUAGAAACUAAUGUUACAGCAGUCUGCGUGCCAAAGGCUAAUUCAGCAGAGUCCUUCGCAAGCAAAUUAGAGAAUAAUGGACCUACCCAAGAAGGACAAUUAUCUGACAAACCAAAACCUUUGCAUUCAGAUUCAAGUGAAGUGAUGGCUAUCGUAGUUAAGGAGACUGAGAGUUCCACCGUAGAAAAGGAAGAAAUAAGGUCUGACUUAGAAGUCAAAGUUAAACCCGCGGUGGAAAAUGAAGCUAGGGCUAAUGUAGAAACCACAGUGAAGUCCACCAUAGAAAAUGAAGUGAGGCUCUCUGUAGAAAACAAAGAAGUGAAACCCACUGUACAAGAUGAAGGGAAGCUUGCCGAAGAGAACGUCGCGGAAAUUGAAGAUAAUCCCGCGUUGGAAAACGAAGUGAAGACCUUGAUUGAAGAUGAUCAUAGGUCUGCAGUGGAAAAUAAAGUGGAAUCUGCUUCUGUAAAUGAGGCAAAGCUUGCUACAGUGAAUGGAAACUCAAAUAAAAUUGAAGAAUCUGCAGCUCUUCAAAGCAUUAAGAAUGCAGAUAAUUCUGUCCACAAUAAGCCAGAAGCUGAUCAAAGCAAAAAGGGUAAUGAUGAUGUUGAAAGUAAAGUGAAUGAAUUUCAUGACAAAUCUAAAGAAGAUAAACUUAAUUCCGUGUUUCAAAAACACAAAGAAAAUGAGCUUGCGGAUAAAGACUGUUCAGAAGCUAAGACUGAUAACUGUGGAACUAGUGAACCAGUGGUUGGUGCUGACAAAAGUCUAGAAGCAGACAUUCCUGAUGAGAGAGUAUCCAAGACUGAAAAUGUAUCAAGUCCUAAAUCAGGUGCUGGUAAAGAGACUACAACUACUGGAGAGAUAAAGGAUAUGGAAGUGGCUAAAAACUUGAAAGGCAAGGAACCAGAAGCAAGUAGUAUGGACGAAAGCAUUGGGUCUAAGAACUUUAAGGCAGAAGCAGAAGCAAGUAUUAUGGAUGAAAGCAAUGGACCUGAGAACUUGAAGACUGAAGCAGAAGCAAGUUGUGUGGACAAAAGCAAUGGGCCUGAAAACUUGAAAGCUGAAGCAGAAGCAAGUAGUGUGGACAAAGGCACUGGGCCUGAGAACUUGAAGGCUGAAGCAGAAGCAAGUAGUGUGGACAAAAGCAAUGGGCCUGAAAACUUGAAAGCUGGAGCAGAAGAAAGUAGUGUGGAAGAAAGCAAUGGACCUGAGAACUUGAAGACUGAAGCAGAAGCAAGUUGUGUGGACAAAAGCAUUGGGUCUAAGAACUCGAAGGCAGAAGCAGAAGCAAGUAUUAUGGAUGAAAGCAAUGGACCUGAGAACUUGAAGGCUGAAGCAGAAGCAAGUUGUGUGGACAAAAGCAAUGGGCCUGAAAACUUGAAAGCUGAAGCAGAAGCAAGUAGUGUGGACAAAGGCACUGGGCCUGAGAACUUGAAAGCUGGAGCAGAAGAAAGUAGUGUGGAAGAAAGCAAUGGACCUGAGAACUUGAAGGCUGAAGCAGAAUCUGCAGCUAAAGUUGGUCAGAGUAAAUCAGACAUUGGUUCAGAUGUCGAAAAGAAGUCUGUUGGUGAAUCUGUUCCAGUUCCGGUCGAAGAGGAAGAGGAAAGAAUGGAAAUACAUAAAGUCUGUGAUGAGCGUAGAACUGAAGCAAAGCCUGAUGCAGAGGAAAAUGUAGCAAUUCCUGAAUCUGUUUCCAUGGUGGAGACUGCUGGACCAGAUGGAAAUAAAACUGUUGCACCUUGUGAAGAGUCGAAGAUGGAAGUAACUGCUUCUGGUGGAAAUGAAAUACCAUCUCUGGAGGAACCAAAAGCAAGUACUGCCAAGGUCACCAAUUUAUCAAAGGUGGAAAGGAACCAAGACGAAGUGUUAGCCAGUGCAGAAUGCAAGACUGUUGUAAAUGUCUGUGCAUCAGCACCAAGUGAUGAUACAUCCAAAGAAUUGCAUGGUGAGCCAGAGGAGCCAAUGGACGUAGGUGAUGGUGAGACCAAAACACCUGAAGCGUCGACUGGCGGAAAUCAGGCAGUUCCGAUGGUCACGGAAUCUGAGGCAGAAUGCGAGCAGGUGUCGGGAAUGACAUGUAUUUCUGGUCAAGCAAACAAAGUUGAAGGUGCUGAUGUGUCCUCUGCAGUUCCAAGUGCCAACAAAAACUCGCUUGUUGAAUUAAUGGAUGUGGAUGUCAGUUGUGAGCCAAAAUUAAGUGAUGCAAGUGUUGUGGUGUCGCCAAAAGAGAUUGUGCAAAAAUCUGAAUCGCCUAGUUUAGAGAAAGAGAAAAUAACUGAAAUAAUUACUUCCGGAGUUUCGCCCCAGAAACCUCUGGAGGCAGAUAAUGUUUUACAAUCAGAGAAACUUCAGACUGAUGAAAGAUUAGAAAGUGAAAAUGGUCAAGAUCCCUGUAAGUCAACGACAAACGUGGGAAGUGAUGAUCUAAAUGAUGAGAAAAUGGAUUGUUCAGAAGUGGAAUGCGGAAUUGAUCAGGUCAACACAAAGUCUGAAACAACAGUGUCACAGCCACCAUCAACGAAAUCAAUAGAACCUUGUGAUGAGUUGUCCCCCCGAAGCGAAGCGAAAAUUGUGACUAUGGACAUUCCUUCAAGUGACUCGGAUAAGGAUAUGAAAAAUGAGACUGAGAAAACUGAUGUUCCUGUGGUAGUUUCGCAGAUUGAGUCUGUUAGUGUGAAUUGUGAUAAUAAAGAGGAGUCUUCUGCUGCUAAAGAUGAUGCGGGUGAUUUAGAAUUACCAGAUAAGAAAGAUGCUGAAGAGGCAGUAGAGAAAUCUGAAUGUGUAGUUGAUAAUUUGCAAGCGAAAAAUGAAGGUGCAAGAACAUUGAGGGAUAACAACUUCGAAGUAGAGCAGGAAAGCUUGAAGAGUGAAUCGGUGAUUGAGAAUGCUUCCAACCGUAUACAAGCGACAGUUGCAACUUCUGAACACGUUGGUGAGAACAUCUCGAACAGCGUGACGGCGGGUUGUUCAGCUGCAGAAGUUCCAAACAGUGUCCAGAUGGUCGAAACCUCGGAGUCCCCAGCCGUGAGCGUAGCCACGGAUGCAGCGUCCAAUGACAAUAAGACUGAUGAGAGCACAGAAGGUAUUGAAUCUCCUACCGACAAUAAUUCACGUGAAACAUCCCCGGCGGAGGAUGCUGGAGUCGAAACCACCUCCAAGACUGACAAUGGUAUUGAUGAAGAGUCGAAGACUGAAAGCAGUUCUGAGCCAGCUGAAAAUGGUUCCGGAACUGACAAUCUCGAAGACUGCGAAGAGAGACCGACCAAGAUAGAGCAGAACGGCAGUGCUGUUAGCGCACAGCAAAGCAAAGAGACUGAUAGCAUCAAAGUGAAAAGGUUGCCCGUAGACAGUACCAACACACCAAGCGAAGAAAGCAAUGUUGCUGCUCAUUAGUAAAUGUUUUGACUAUUUGUAUGUUAGUUGAUAGUUCGCUGUAACAAUGUUCCUUUUAAAACUUCAGUAAUUUUGUUAUAUGUAAGUUUUUUUAUACAUUUUUCGCCUUUUUUUUUUCCUUGUGAUUUUUUUAUAUAUAUUUAUAGUUAGUGCUGGCUUUUGCAUUGUGUAUCACGGAGAAGAAUGAAUUUUGUGUUCAAGACUGAUCAUGCAUUUGUUUAUGUACCUGACAUCAAAUACUGACUGGACUUGGUUAUUGCGGAGUUGAUAUUGAAACAGUAUUCUUUUCUUGCACUGCUCUUCAUUCAGUGUCUUCCAAGCAGUUUACAUUUCGUUUUUUUAUAAAUUUUUUUACAAGAAUAAGACAUGGUACUAUGCUUUACUUUUGGUAAGGGGUUAUUAUAGAUACGUAUUAUAUAAUGUAUUAAUUAGGUAAUGUUAAUAUUUGUGUACUCAAGAUGUAUUUUCCUGACCCUUUUUUGAGGCAGGACAUUCCACUUUUUUUUUUGUAUCUUAUGUGUGAUGUAAUUUUGGUACAGUGGAAAUACAACUUUUUUAUUAAA